UGCCGCCAUGGCGGAGCAGGCGGGGAGCGGCGAGGAUCAUUCAGUACCUGAAAUUGAGGAAAAGAUUGUAGAAGCUUUUGAGGUGUUUGACCAUGAAUGCAAUAAAACUGUGGAUGUCAGAGAGAUCGGCUCAAUUGUCAGGUCACUGGGUUGCUACCCGACUGAGGCAGAACUACACGAACUGCUUGCAGAGGUAGAAGAAGAAGAACCCACUGGAUACAUUAAUUUGAAAAAUUUUCUUCCAGUGAUGACAAGAGCACUACUUGAAAGACGUUACCGGCCUAUUCCAGAAGAUGUUCUUCUACAUGCAUUUGAGGCUUUAGAUGAGAAUAAACAUGGAUAUCUUACUAAAGAGGAGCUGGUAAAAUAUAUGACUGAAGAAGGUGAGCCCUUUACUCAGGAAGAAAUGGAGGACAUGCUCUCUGCUGCUCUAGAUCCAGAGACAAAUACUGUUCGCUACAAAGACUACAUUACGCUGAUGAUAGUAGAUGAUGUUUAAGAGCUUCCCGUAUAGAGUUUGAGUUACUUUUUGGUAACAGCAGGGUAGCUUGGCAGUUAGUUGAAAUAUGUGAAGCAUAGUAUAGCAAAGCUCUGCUUGUGACCUUAUGCUUAUAAUUAAAAUAAAAUCUGUGUAGUUGUAUUUCCUUGGGAUCUGCAUAUGUAUUGAAAUAUAUUCACACCUUGAAAAAGAGCUCUUGACAGAAAUAUUAUGUAAGGGCUGGAAAAUAAAUCAUGGUAUUUGGUUUGAAAAAUAUCAGGAAAAUAAUGGAGACAAAAAUUACUUUACAAUUGUCUUUGAAAAACUAAUGGAAAAAUGAGACCUGUGAAAGCAGAAAAUAAGUUGGUGAGUACCUUAAGAUGACUGAAAAUGUGAAGGCAUGCUACUAAGAUACUGCUUUUAUAUCUAAAAGUAAUCCCUGCUUUUGUUUAACUGAUAAGGUAUUGGGUGGAUUACUACUUUUUAACUAAUAGUAUAGCUCAAAUAAGCUUUUAGUUUCUGUCCAACUUUUGCUUACUGUA